AUGGCCAUCACAACCAGCGCCGCGAACGGCACCACCAAGAUGCCUGUCAAGACUCGCGAGGUGCAGAACCAUCACAUGGACUCGCAAGUCUGGAACAACUUGCCCCUGCGCUCUGACGACAUUGUUAUUUUGACCUACGGCAAAUCAGACACCACUUGGGUCCAGCAAAUCGUUGGUCAACUCACACAUCAGGGCGAUGCGAGCCUCGCCCCAAACCUCGUAUCGCCGUGGGUCGAUCUGCGCCGCUUCCCGAAGGAGGUCAUGCACGGCAUGCUCGCGGCCCAGACACACCGGCGCUUCAUGAAGAGCCACUUGCCCCUGGACGCGCUCGUCCGGAACCCAGACGUCAAGUACAUCUUCAUCGCCCGCGAUGGCCGCGACAUGGUCUGGAGCACGCACCAUCACUUCACCAACGCGACCCCGGCGUUCUGGCACCUCAUCAACGAGACGCCCGGCCGCGCGGGCCUGCCCUACCAGCCGCCCAGCAGCGCCAACCCGCGGGACCUGCUCGUCGACCUGGUCGAGGAUGACUCGCGGGGCAGCCUGCCAUGGCCGUUCUGGAGCCACACCCGGCAGUGGUGGGAGGCCCGGGACCAGCCGAACCUGCUGCUCGUGCACUUCAACGACCUCAAGAAGGACCUCGCGGGCGAGAUGCGCCGGAUCGCCGACUUCCUCGAGGUGCCGCAGAUGAGCGAGCAGCAAUGGGCCGACGCCGUCGAGCACUGCACGUUCCAGUGGAUGAAGGAGCACGCCGAGAUGUCGAGCCCGCCACAGGCGGAUCAGUCUAUCACAUCCGCACGUUGA